AUGGCCAUCCCUUCAUUGCAGUUUUUCUUGAAGGAUUCUCAACGAGUAAUGAUUACCUCUGAGGUGCGUUGUAAUUUCUUGAUAGAUAAUAUGCUCAUAUGUGGUGUGGUAGUAAAGGGACCGGUAUUAAGUGGAAAUAUAUCAGGAACAGACCCAUUGAAGGACAAUCACCUUCUUUUACAGGCCCAGGCUCUUGAUGAUACAGAAGAGGCAAUGCACACAGCUGCGGUUGUUAAUGAACUGUCUAAGGAGAUCUCAUGCAUUCUUGUUGCCCAUCCACUAAAUUCAAAGUGGGCUGCUGGAGCAAAGAACAUUACCAAUGUUCCUCAAUUUGAAAAGAUACAUGGGCUCUGGCCAUGCAUGGUUGCUCCUACCAAGAUUAUUGCUGGAUUGGGUUUGUCACUUGGGAUUGAUAUUCUAGAAGCUCCUGAAGCAACAGGGGACUACCAGACAAUAUUAACAUCCAAAACAACUGCCAUAGUUAAGACACUCUCAGCUCCUCUGCAAUCUUGCCUCAAUAUUUUUGUACCUGGAGAAGAUGAGCAUAAACCUGAUAGAUCUGAUGGCUAUGACUUUGGGUUCCUUCAUACUAAGGCAAUUGACGAUGUAGGUCAUGAUAAAGUGAGUGUUUUCAAAGUUAAAGGACUUGAAGCUGUAGAUCAUUCUAUUGGACAGUUGGCUAAACUCUUAUGGCCAGCAGAAUCAUCUGGUAAAACUUGCCCCUUUUGCAUAGUGUAG